CCGCCACAGGAGGCAUCUGAGACAAGAUGAAGCUUAUCAUCCUUGACCACUAUUCUCAGGCCAGCGAGUGGGCGGCCAGAUACAUCAGGAACCGUAUCAUCCAGUUUAACUCAGGGCCAGAUAAGUACUUCACCCUGGGGCUGCCCACUGGGAGCACUCCUCUUGGCUGCUAUAAGAAUCUGAUCGAGUACUACAAAAAUGGGGACCUGUCCUUUAAAUAUGUGAAGACCUUCAACAUGGAUGAGUAUGUGGGCCUUCCUCGAGACCACCCAGAGAGUUACUACUCUUUCAUGUGGAACAACUUCUUCAAGCACAUUGACAUAGAACCAGAAAACACCCACAUCCUGGAUGGGAAUGCAGUGAACCUACAGGCUGAGUGUGAUGCCUUUGAAGAGAAGAUCAAGGCUGUGGGUGGGAUUGAGCUCUUCAUUGGAGGUAUCGGCCCCAAUGGACACAUUGCCUUCAACGAGCCAGGCUCCAGUCUGGUGUCCAGGACCUGCAUAAAGACACUGGCCAUAGACACCAUCUUGGCCAAUGCCAGGUUCUUUGAUGGAGAUCUGGCUAAGGUACCCACCAUGGCCCUGACAGUGGGUGUGGGCACUGUCAUGGAUGCUAGAGAGGUGAUGGUCCUCAUCACAGGUGCUCACAAGGCAUUCGCUCUGUACAAGGCCAUUGAGGAGGGUGUGACCCACAUGUGGACCAUAUCCGCCUUCCAGCAGCAUCCCCGCACCGUGUUUGUGUGUGACGAGGAUGCCACGUUGGAGCUGAAAGUAAAGACUGUCAAAUAUUUCAAAAGUUUAAUGCUUGCUCAUAACAAGUUGGUAGAUCCCUUGUACAGUAUCAAAGAGAAAGACAUUGAGAAAAGCCAGUCUUCUAAGAAACUGUACAGUGAUUAGCCUGUGCUGGGACCAAAUAUCAAGUACCUCAUAGACAGGCAAGUCUUUCUGGAAAUUGCCUCAUUCCAAUAUGGAUACUCCACAUAAGUGGUGAACUUACUCUUCUUGGCUGUGAGGCUAGGGGCCUGGUCUAGAACUAGCUAUAGGGAGAAUGACUUGUGUGCAACCUAAUCAGAAAACAAUCUCUGAAAAAGGCACUCCCAUUAGUUUGAUGUCUGCCACACCCAGAUGAAGAGUUUUUAGCUUUGUGUUUUACCCCUGCCACUGUUCCCAUGUGUAGAACAUUCCCGUCAGGAAUUUCUAUCCUUAUGUGUACUGAUUCUUAAGUGGGAAGGAGUUAAGGCUUGUAUAUAUUGGACACAAUCUCUUUGGAGAGUCUCGAGAACUCCUCUUGAGCAGAUCUGUCCCCUAUUUCAGAAUCAUUAUUCCUGGUUAAGGAACAGACUUUUCAGCAUCUAAACUAAAUACAAGGAAGCAGUCCCUUUUAUCAGUUAGUUACAGGUGCCAUGGAAAGAAAACCAUCCCUUACCCUCCUCCACCCAUACACACACAUCUUGGGUUUUUUUUGUUUUGUUUUGUUUUUGUUUUUUGUUUUUUGUUUUUCUGCUCUCAAUGCCAGCCUUUCAUGAACUGGGAGAAAUCUUGGGGGAGGAUUUGGGUGGAUGGGACUAAAGAGAUGGCUUUUGAUGAUACACUCAGAGCCUCCAGGGUCCAGCCAUGUAAGACUUCUCCCCCAGGCUCCAGCACAAAGAGGGUAAGGUGCUGGAAAGUAAACACUGGAGCCCUGUGUCUUUGCCCAAGGACUCUCUGUGGCUCCUUUCUUUUACACACUCAUUAGUAAGUCUGAAUCUGGGAGAGGGGGCAAGAGACACUAUUGUUGUGUUCAGCCAGGUGAUAUCUGGGCACAAGUUCAGUUGUUGAGUUCAGUUGUUGUAACACAUGAGCACCAUGCUGUCUCACUUCCUUGAGAGUCAAUGGCAACCACAACAGACCAAAUGAGUUAGUACUGUUCCCCUACUUGCAAGACCCUGCUCUCCUAACCCUUGUCGGGUCCACUGCUAUGGUCUGGUGUUCUCAGAACACCUCAGUACAAGCCUGUGCCCAUUGUCUUCCACCGCCUACUCCAAGAUGGGCUGUUGCUCCACGUUCCCUCUACUCUCUUCAACCUUCAAGGAGUGGAUGGGCCGCCUCCCUGUUUCUGUGCCUGUUCAAAGCUACUUCUGCCUCUAUUUCUGGGAAAGAUCUUCAGGCCUUUAAGUGCUAUGUUUGGUACCAGUAUUUCAUCUGUAGCUUUUAUAUCUGAUUGUGUUGUCAUUCUGUUUUAAGCUAAUGGAUUAAUGAACUUGUUUACAGUGUGAUAUUUUCUAUUAAAUCCAGUAUUUU